AUGCCACCCCAACCACCCUCUGAAUCGGAGAUUUUAACCUCCUACCUCCUCCACCCUUCACCUCUCCCAGCAAUCCUGCCGUACAAAUCAUUCCUGGCACUUUUACCUCCCAGCCUGUCCUCCUUUGCACGGCAGCAUCCGACAGAGCUGAAGCGUCUGUAUCGAGACCUGCAAUUCCAGAGGGACGUCCUCAUUGACGACGUGCGGAGGCGGAUCGAGGACGAGUGUCGCCGCAGCGUCGAACUCAAAGCGAGACUGGGGCGGCAAGUCCAGAGGGAGGAAGGAUUGUUGAGGGUCGCCGUCAGGAAGAGGAAAAGGGGACACGGCAGCAUUGGCAGUAACGACGAUAACAACAAUGAGGACGCAGAACACGGAGCGGCGACAGAUGACGACGACAUCGAUGCCGAGGAGAAAGAAACCCAGUUCGACACGGCGCUCCACAAUGGACAGCCCCUGGGUCAUACUCUCCCCAUGGCAACCGCAAAGCACAAUCACACAACGACCACACUCCUCGCCGCAAUGACCACCGCCAGCGAGGAUCUGGCGUCCGAAAUCGCAGAUCUGGAGGCCCAGAUCGCCACGCUGCGGAGCCAGUGUGAAGACAAGGUCGGGAAUCUCAGUGACCUCCGGUACGGACGAUUUGCGACGGCGGGCAGUAGAGCUAGCGGGGACAAGAGCAAGAACAGCGGCGAGCCCGUCGACGGGGUCGAAGACGAAAUUGUAGCGGCAAUCCAGGAGCUGAAAGAGACCUUAGUCCGCAAUUGUCAUGAGGAUGGAUAA